AUGCCACUCGAACGCUCCACAGACCCGCUGGUCUGGAUCGACUGCGAGAUGACAGGCCUGGACCCAGAAACCGACAAAAUUAUCCAAAUCUGCUGCUUCAUCACAGACGCCCAGUUGAACCUCCUCGAACCCAACGGCUUCGAAACCAUCGUCCACGUCCCGGACUCCGCCCUCGACGCGAUGUCGCAGUGGUGCAUCGACACCCACGGCCGCACGGGCCUCACCGCCGCCGUGCGCGCCUCGACCGUCUCCCCCUCCACCGCUGCAGACUCGCUUCUCGCCUACAUCCGCCAGCACGUCCCGGUUCCGCGCACUGCACUGUUGGCGGGUAAUAGUGUGCAUGCUGAUAAGGCCUUCCUUGCUUGUGAGCCGUACUCGAAGGUGCUGGAGCAUUUGCAUUAUCGCAUUCUGGAUGUUAGUUCGUUGAAGGAGGCUGCGCGGAGGUGGGGGAGUGAUCGGUUGCUGGAGGAGGUUCCGUCCAAGAGGACUGUGCAUCUUGCUAGGGAUGAUAUUCUUGAGAGCAUUGAGGAGAUUCGGUUCUACAAGGAGAAGCUGUUUGAGUGA